AAAGCUUUAGUAUACCCCGGCAAGCCGAUCAGGCUGGUUCUAGCUUGACUGCUUGUUGCCCGACAACUGCUUGCCCGACUGUCUGACUGCUACUAGCCAGCUCGUCUCGUUCAGUCGCUGCUCCGACAUCCUGCUCGCAACACGACCGCGGUCGGUGCCAGUGCGGUGUAUUCCGUGGGCCUUUCCACGUUUCUCUCGUCAUCUCACGGGUUACGGUUUCUGUCAUGCCGUGGCGGAUGCAGCGAGGCCGUAACACGGCUUUUUUCGGCGUCAAAUAGACCCACGUGUACACGCUCAACGUGAAACCCAUCAGCCGGGUAAACGACGAGCACGAAGAAGAGUAAGUUGCCUCGGGAGACAAGAAACACGCAUCCGCGAGCGAUGAUCAGUGAUUAACGGAGAUUUGCUUGUUACUUCUCUUAAUAGGAAUACGCGAACACCAUUGGUAAUUUGAAUGGUGAAAUGUCGACGAAGAUAUAGUGUGGAACAAUCCGAGUUUUUUCGGUGGAAUAGUGAUCGUGAGAAAGUCUCGUCGACGGACGAAAAGAAAUAUUAACCGAAGGUGAAAUUUUAAUUUCCGGAUGAAAUUCGAAAUUUCAUUUGCCGGCUGGCUUACGUAAGUGCUUCCGCGUUUAACAAAUUACAAUGCCAGAAGGACAAAGGAUAUUUGUUUAGAAGAUGGAGUUGUCGUUUAACGAGAUUGUUCAGCCGUGAACUAGGAUCGUUCCUUUCGUUAUUAUCGUGCUCUCGGACUCGAAAAGUCGAUGACUCUUGGAGACUUACACCGGUUGAUCGAACAGGCUCAGAUUGUCUUCGAUUCGAGUCACGAUCACGUUGAAUCUAGUCGUCUAACGUGUCUUUGCUCCGGUGAUUCUGCGUCUUGAACGCGGCUCGAUGUCUGUGGGAACAAUUAGCGGAGGCCUCGUUCCAGUAACAGCUUUUAAUGGAUGGGUCAGUUCCUGGUGAGAAUAAACGCGAGAAGAUUGUGAGAACGGAAACACGGGUGUGCGAAUAACCAUUGGAAACAAUCGACGAUGACCAUCAGCGACCUUUCAUUUAACGAAUAAUUAAUUUACAGUUAACGCGAAAGUACUUUCUUCUUGAUUAAAUCCCACUAUCCUAUUAACAUGAACGAUCGAUUCGCGUUGAAAACUGCUGCACCAUGGAAUUCGGCGAAAUGCAGUGGAAGGAAUCGAGGUGGUAGAACAUGUUGAACAUUAUAGAUUUCGGUGGACUCAUCAGCCGCGAGGUUAACGUAAAAAUAAAUGGCUAGCUAAACAAGGAACGCUUUUGUAGUCUUGCCGGGUGCGGUGAAAAAUACACAGGCAAGGUCUGAGCAGAACUCGCGCUCAGUGUCGAGAAAGAGGAGCAAUGGGAUCGUACGAAGAAUUCCCAGCAAUUACGCUAAUUAGCACAUUGAAAUCAUUAAAGAAGAGGAUCGCGGCAGUUAGAAAGAUGACGAUGAACCUAGCCGGAGGUCCAGGCACCCCGGAAGAGUAUCAAUGGAAGAGGUGACGUUUCACCCAGUGAUGCGUAAACGGCGUGGACUGGCCAGCGCCAUUCUAGGCCUGAUACUGGGCCUUGUCCUAGGUUUUCUCAUUCAAAGCUACAAGAUACUCUCGUCGAGCCAUCACCAGCGAUUAAAUGUUUACUCGUCUUCGAUGCCUGGACCACGAAUGUUGAUCAAAUCGUCGGCACGAAACGUUCCCAAAUUGGACGACGAUGAACAGAUAAACAGUUCGUCGACCAGCUUGGUCUUCGUGGGCGUAAUGACUGCUGGCAAAUAUCUAGACUCGCGAGCUAAAGCGGUUUACGAGACUUGGGGUAAAGAGCUUCCAGGCAAAAUUGCCUUUUUUUCGUCCGAAAACUCCGUCGUCCCAGGUAAUUGUCCAGAUCUACCAUUGGUACCUUUGCCACGAGUCGACGACACUUAUCCACCGCAGAAGAAAUCAUUCAUGAUGCUACAAUACAUGUGGAACAAUUAUGGGGAUCGUUUCGAGUGGUUCCUCAGAGCUGAUGACGACGUCUACGUGAGAACGGAUCGUCUGGAGAAAUUGCUACGAUCCGUCAACUCCAAGAGGGCCAUGUACAUUGGCCAAGCAGGCAGAGGCAACUCUGAGGAAUUCGGUCUGCUAUCGUUGGAGUACGACGAGAACUUUUGCAUGGGUGGGCCAGGUGUUAUUCUGUCCAGGGAGACCUUAAGGAGGAUCGUGCCGCACAUCAAGUAUUGUCUGAGACAUUUGUAUACUACGCAUGAAGACGUCGAAUUAGGAAGGUGCGUGCAGAAGUACGCCGGUAUACCUUGUACCUGGAGUUACGAGAUGCAGUCCAUUCUAUAUCACAACAGUAGUGGAGCACAGGCGUUCACCGGAAACUUGAAGAAAAAAGAAGUUCACCGUGCUAUUACUUUGCAUCCUGUUAAAAGUCCGCCUCACAUGUACAGGUUGCACAAUUACAUGAGGGGGCUACAGAUUCAAGAUUUGCAACAGGAGAGACUCAAUCUUCACAGGGAUAUUUACACGAUGGCGAAACAGUUAGGAAUUAGCGUGAAAAAUCUCAAGAAUUUCGAAAUAGCCGAUGGUGUUCCACUAUUUCCAGUUAAUCGCUACUCGAAAGAAUAUCCCGAUGACACAGAAAUAUUAGGUGUUCCAGCAGGACUUCGCUCGUUUAAACCGACAAGUAGCGACGAAGUAAUUCCUUGGGAUUUUUUAUCGAGAUCCGAGUACAGCUUAGGCGAUUCGAACCCCAGGAGAAGAAUUCAUAGUGACAUAAAGGAGGGUCUGGAGGACAUCACGAGGGAAGUGAUGGCCUCUAUAAAUGCCUGUUCACGGCAGCGUGGCCGAGUCGUCGAGGAAAGGUCAACUCUAUACGGAUACAGGCGAGUGGAUUCUUACGGCGCUGACACUAUACUGGAUCUUCUUUUGGUGUACCGAAAGUACAGAGGCAGAAAGGUUACGUUGCCCGUUAGGAGGCACGUGUACCUUCACCAACACUUCACAGGCCUAGAAAUACGAGAGACCGUGAACGGCGAGGAAGUCGACGAGACGCGAAGAAGUCAGCAAAACGACAAAUCUCUGCAAAACAUAUUCCGCGGUGGAUUUCUAAACCUGAAUUUCAACUUCGAGGAAGAGGAUCCAGUGAAGAGCAAGAUCAUUCACUUUAUCCUACCUUUAUCCGGAAGGUACGAGGUUUUCCGAAGGUUCCUACAAAACUACGAAGAGGUCUGUUUGACGAGCGGAGAAAAAACGGCACUUUUAGUUAUCCUGUAUCGUCACGGAACGGAAGAUUCGUUCAAUCGAACGAUAGACUUGAUAGAACAAUUGAAAUACAAGUAUCGUAGCGUCAGUAUCGAUAUUAUUCCUGUCUCUGGUACAUUUUCUCGAGCCAAAGCUCUCAAUUUCGGUGUGUCAAGAUUGAAGGACGACGAUUUGAUGUUCUUCGUUGACGUCGAUAUCGUAUUUACCGAGUCAGCCCUCUACAGAAUUCGCGCAAACAGUCUUCUAGGUAGACAAAUAUAUUUCCCGGUGGUGUUCAGUCAGUACGAUCCAAAGGUCGUUUACAAAGGUAACGGGAAACAAGAUACGUUCGCCAUAAACGAAAUAUCGGGAUAUUGGAGGCAGUUUGGAUUCGGUAUCGUCUCCUUGUACAAACAGGAUUACAAAAGCGUGGGUGGUUUCAAUUUGUCUAUCCAAGGAUGGGGCAAAGAAGACGUGGAUUUCUAUGAGAAAGUGGUGAAAUCCAAUAUUAAGAUAUUUAGGGCGGCUGACAAGGAUUUGAUUCACAUUUAUCACGACGUUGAGUGCAGUAAGGACCUUUCAGAGACACAGUGGUCCAUGUGCAUGGGAACCAAGACUGACACAAUCGCUGGGAUAGAGACUCUGGCUAAGAUGAUCUACGAAAAUCCGGAGAUACUGCGAUUUGCCAAAGCCAGAAGAGAGAACUUGACGCGUGCAGCGGGUUGAACGACUUUCUAAAGGCUAAAGAUAUCUACUGUAUCUCGGUUGUUAAGGUAGAAAUUAUGUUUGCGACCAUGGUGGUGCCAGAAUGUUUCGUAGAUAGGAUAUUUUGUAAAUACGGGGUGUGACAACGAAUCUUACAUCGAAGUUCGCACCGAAUGAUAAUUAAUAAUUGAUCGCCAAUUCACCAAAGUCUUUGUCCUCGUUGGACUACCAUAAUGGUCACGUUUGCAACUGUGACUUACUCGCUGCAUCGAUAAAACAGAUCCUAAACUUCAGAUUUAAUUUAAUGAAAUAAAGAAGAUAUAUUUAUGUAAUGAAGAAGAUAUUAAGUGUUCUAUUCGUAUGUAUAGGUUAAUUAUCGUAUUUUCGUACGUAUACGUUACAUAUAGAAAUCGCCAUUGAUAUGCAGAGUAUUAAGAAAUAUCAAAGAGCAAGACUUUACGAUGAUCGAUAUUAAUACAUAUUUUGCAUAUUAGCUAUUAAUUAAUAGAAAUUUCCGUGUUACUUGCGUUACGAAUUUGAUGUAUCGCUUUUGGUUGCUAUUAGUGUGUAACACGUACCGAAUACUAUUCAUUUCGACCAUAAGAGUAAAUUAAUACCAUAUCGUGUUAUAACAAAUUUGUUUCCUUUAUGAUAUAAAAAAGAUGAAGAAUCUAUUACAAAAAUCUCCGUUAGUUCCGUAUAAACAGCAAUAAUUUUGUGAAUAAGUAACUUAAGACGAUUUAAGAUGCCAAUACUCUCUAAGAAUAACAGCGUAACAUUACCCUUGAACGAAUGUUGUAAGUACAUGUGAUAUUAUUGUGCCUUCUGUAUAGAUUUUUAUUCGUGAACACUUUACAUACUGCCUACUUUAUUUUAUUUUUACCUUAAUCACAAUCGGCUAGAAAAGAAUGUCUAGCAAUACAAGUCUUGCAACUUGCAUAAUCAUUUAUGCAAGUGGUUAAGAUGCUGGUCUUGCUUCAUCGGAUUGCAAAUAAAAUUUAUCUAUUAAA